AUGACGGCGAUGCCUCGAGUGAGUUUAUGGACGCGAUUGUUGCAAGCUAAACCAUAUCAUCCUAACUGCUCACUACUGUCAGACAACUACCUGGUGACCCUCGAUCUCACAUCCUCAUUCUCGACGACCGAAGGGAAGAACUAUAAGAUGGCAAAAAUGGACACCGAGGUUCCGAAGGUCAAGGACAUGGCGUUGUGGUCCAAAGCAGACAACACGACGCUGUACCAAUAUGGAGGCAGAUUCUUGGAGAAUAUCACCAACGAGAACACAAUCUGGACCUAUACCGUGGGAGACAAAAAGUGGGAUAAACAGGAUGGCACCAUUCAACCAACGCGGCUGGAGUACGGGGUUUAUACAAAUGCGCCACGGAUUCAAGCAGGGUAUUGGAUUGGUGGCUAUCGAGCCAGCGGCACAACCGCAGCCAUUACCGACUCAACGAGGGAAUAUGCCACAGGCCUCAUUCAGUUGAACACCACCACCGGGAUAUACACUUCUCUCGAUGGGCCAUAUGAAGCUGUCGAGGAAGGCUCCCUCUCCUAUGUGCCGGUUGGUGAUAUGGGGAUCUUAGUGUAUAUUGGUGGCGAUGUUCCCUCCAUCAAGGAUGGAAUCAAUGCCACGAUGACAUCGAACUCGUGGAAUCACGUCCAAGUCUACGAUAUCGCGGGAGCCAAAUGGUACAAUCAGUCAACGACAGGGACAGCCACGGCCCGAACGCAGUUUUGUGCUUCCGUUCAACACGAUGCUUCGUCGUCCUCUUAUCAAAUCUACGUGAUUGGAGGUGCAAACCUAAAAUCAAAGGAAACAACCCUCGAUGUGAAUUACUUGUCCAUCCCAUCCUUCAAGUGGUACACCGCUGCUCCCCUGGACGAAGCCAGGAUGACUCUGACAUGCGUCACCUAUGGUCGUCAGAUCUUUGGAAUUGGUGGAAGAAAAGCCUGGGCAGACGACAGCGCGGCGGGCUGCUACAAUGCCCCUGCCUUUAUCUAUGACGCGCAAUCCGAGGUGUCGCGAUCAUCCUUUGAUCCGAAUUUAUCUUCGUUCUCCCUCUCCUCUGCAACAGCAAAGGAUAUCGAAGCCUCGCCUACCCCGUCUCCUUGGGCCUCUGCAGCAUUGAGUUCGAUAUUCAAGACAGCCAACACCACCACAAAUUCAACAGACAACGGUGAUUCUUCUUCCGAUUACCCAGAAGACAUUGGGUCUACAUCAACGAACACCGGCGCCAUCGCAGGUGGGGUUGUUGGUGGAGUCGCCGGCUUGGCCUUGAUCGGCGGAAUUGCUUGGUUCUUCCUCGCAAGGCGCAGGAAGCAGAGAUCAGAGGAAAACGGAGGAAGCUCUGAGCCCCAGAGAUAUCAACCAGUUCAGGAGCUUCCCCCUGGGGAAAGAGAGCAGCGCUCUGAGUUGGGUUCUGAGACUUAUACGCAUGCUGAGUUGCCUGCGCAACAGAAGGCACCAUUAUCCGAACUUGACACUGUACGCAGUGAUUAG